AUGGACAUGAAGAAGGUCUCCACCGCCAUCAUUGUUGCUGCCGCCUCAGUGAGCGCCGUCAUGGCUGCCGGUGCACCUGCUCCUUCCCCUUCCGCCGGUGGUUCUAUUCCUAGCUCCUCUCCUGCUUCCGCCGCAGCACCUGGACCAGAUUCCAGCGUGGCUGCCGCAACCUUGCCUGUUCUUGGAUCAUUGGUCGGGGCUUCCAUUAUUUCUUUGUUUUCUUACAUGCUGCAGUAAGCUACAUGUACGAAAAAUCAGCAUGUGAACGAAUACUUUUUUUUUUGAAAGAAACAUGUGAUGAUUAUUGAAAAAAAUGAAUAAAAUGGAGCUUUGAAUAA